AUGUACAUUAUGGACAAAACCGUGACGAACAACUCCUGACUACUAUGUACGCGCUCGCUUCGCCGCAGCGCCGCUUGCCCUGAUCGUCUUCAUCGUUCAAAGCCCAGCCGCAAAACCAGCUUGUAUCUGUCCAGAACGUUGACAUCGACGCAUAGUAGACAUCUUCAAUCAAGCCUAUACGUUGUAGUAGCUUUCUGCGUCUCAGCGGCAUCGUGUCUAGCAAAGUUCAGCACAGGUCAGACCCCCGGUUUUAUUGCUAUCCAGAACAGUGGAUUCAUUCCUACGCAGGCUAAAUCUCUCCCACAACUCUUAUACAACAGAAGUCUCGUUCAGUACGCCUUACCGACCAUCCAUCCAGACGUGUGAACCCGCCCUGCUUUCCUUCCCAAGCAAUCCUUACUUUACAACCGCCCAUCGCGAUCUCACCCUCCGACUCCUCCUUUCUCUCUUGGUCUGCCUCUAUAGUAACCUCGACCUUUGCUUUUAGUCUCUAUCUAUCUCACUAGUAGGCUAUGAUUCAAAAGAUCGCGAAUCCAAUGACCCGAGGUGGGAGCACCUCCGCCGCUCCCACGCGCCAAGCUACUGCCAAUGAAAGUCCUGAGACCUGGGGUAGAUGGAUCGGUCGCAAGUUAUAUACGUUAGAGGUUGUUCAAGACCCUCAGAGAGCACGCAUGUGUGGCUUUGGUGACAAGGAUCGAAGACCAUUGGCUCCAGCUGCCGUAGCAAAAAUGGUAGUUAAACGAGAAGAUGACAGCAUCGUGGACCCAGACGAUGUCGAUUGUUCCUUCUUUCUGGUUACAGUCGAUCUAUGGUCGGCAGAUGGAAAGCACGAAAUGAACCUUGUCCUACAUCCCACAUCCUCCGAUCGUUAUGUUCCCGCUACCGCACCUAAGGUGAAGCGGAAGACGACUAAUUCCUCCUCUGGACCGACGAGCCAACGCUCGGGAAGGCAGAGUCCCACGCCGUCGGGUCCCCCAUCCACUACUUCUCAGUACCCACAGUCUAGCGGCAUGACGCCGUUCAUGUCACCCUCUGCGUCACACUACGGCGGACAAGGUUAUCCUUUUCCCCAGCAAGAAUCCAACAGUUUUCAACCAAUCCAACCAUAUGGACCUCCAUCUGACGGACAAACAUGGGGGUAUGGUCAAGCGUCUAUGGAGCGUUCCUCACAGCAUAGCUCGGGCACUACACCCGGAGGCACCGUAGCCUAUAACUCGGCGACCUCACCUCCCUCUGCUGAGGGCAACUGGCAUAUGCAAGGCUCGAGUCGGGAGGAGCCGGAGUCGUAUCGUACUUGGCCUCAAGAGCAGUCUUACUCUUCUAUAGACAGCUCUCAUGCCGCUGCUCCGAGCUCAAGUUCGAUAGACCCUUCUCUUCGCGGACCCCCAGCACCCAGUUCUAAUGAACAUGGUCCCAAUUGGUCCAACAACACUGACGCGUACGGACAAUCUAGAUAUACUCAGGACCAAUACAAUCAGGGCCCUCCACCGCAGCAUAGUCCGACUACUUCGCACCAUUCACACCAUCCUCCUCACCCGCCCCCUGUAGAUACCUCCAUGUAUGCUUCAGCUCAAUAUGCUCAACAACAACAUCAACAGCAAGCACAAUCUCAUUACCACCACCAGUCUGGCUACUCCCAACAACCCACACAGGAAAACACACCUGGAUCGACAAUCCCGCCUUUGCCAAGGCAUACCUACACUCGAACGCUUGUCGGACCACUGUCGGCGAAUGCGUGCCGCCUGUUGGACGAACACCGCAAGCCUGGGAUCUUCUUCCUCUUCCAAGACUUGUCUAUCCGCACUGAAGGAACGUUUCGCCUGAGGCUUCGUCUCAUGAACAUUGGAGCGCCACCCGCUCCAGAACCGGGAGCAUUUCGAGUACACACCGACUCCUCACCCAUUCUCGCCCAGACCUUUACACAACCUUUUAUCGUCUACUCUGCUAAGCGCUUUCCCGGCGUUCCAGAUACCACCGCGCUAUCCAUUGCUCUGGGAAGCCAGGGCCAGAAACUCCCAUUGCGUAAUCGUAACGGGUCUAGUAAGCAGGGACGCAAACGUCGACGCGACGGCUCCGAUGAGUCGGGGGACGAAUCGGACGAAUAGUGGAUGCUGGUCCCGAAAGUUGUCUUUAGAUCCUUGCUUACCAGUGUUAGGAUACGUACUAGAACUUGACUGGUUUUCAGAGGUCGCUGCUGCGGCGUAUCUUUCCUAUACUCUCAGCUAUUGGUUUUUAUUGUUCUUGCUUGUUCGCUGUUGCUGCAUAGGUCUUCCAUCCUCUUAUUCACACGUCCAAAUCCGAUGUCCGGUGUGUAUCAUUUUGAAUGACUGUAUUUCGCCUUCAACCCAAACCCACGUGAAGAGCCCUUUGAACCCU